UGUGGUUUUCUCUUUGGUAGUUCCUUGAUUAGAAGUUUUUUUGCUUUAUUGUUUGCCUGGUGUUAAUCCCUGCGUAUCCAGGUGUGGGUUACUGGAGGGAAUGCAUUCUGGUCUUUUUGUUUCCUUUUUUGUUGUCUCUUGAAUGGUAUCUAAAUGUGUCUAUUUUUUUUUUUGGUAUGUCUGAUAGGAAGUCCUUUAAUGAGGUUUUACCAUUUACCAGAUGAGGUAUCUCGGGAUUGAGGUCUUGUGUGAAUUACAUACGUUUUAUCAAGAACUAACAUCAGGAAUUGGCCUUGAUCACUCUUUGUGUACUUAGUAAAGAUUGCCUGCCCUAUGUUGGGUGCAUCCACAUUCAUUUUGUUACAAAUUGAAAAAUCACGACCUAUUAAAUGUGCAACCUUUGGGGCUGCUUCCUUGCAACAAAGAUACUUAGCUACUGGAGAUUUUGGUGGAAAUUUAAAUAUAUGGAAUUUGGAAGCUCCAGAAAUACCAAUAUAUUCUGUGAAAGGACAUAAAGAAAUCAUAAAUAGCAUUGAUGGAGUUGGUGGUCUGGGAAUUGGUGAAGGAGCCCCAGAAAUUGUGACAGGAAGUCGUGAUGGGACAGUGAAAGUCUGGGACCCAAGACAAAAAGAUUUUCCAGUUGCCAAUAUGGAACCAGCACAAGGAGAGAGUACAAGAGAUUGCUGGACGGUUGCAUUUGGCAAUGCAUAUAAUCAAGAAGAACGGGUUGUAUGUGCUGGUUAUGACAACGGGGACAUCAAGUUGUUUGACCUUAGGAAUAUGACAUUACGAUGGGAGACCAACAUUAAGAAUGGGGUCUGCAGUGUUGAAUUUGACAGGAAAGAUAUAAACAUGAACAAAUUGGUAGCUACAUCACUUGAAGGAAAAUUUCAUGUGUUUGAUAUGAGAACUCAGCAUCCAACUAAAGGUUUUGCUUCUGUUUCAGAGAAGGCUCACAAGUCCACUGUGUGGCAAGUUCGGCACUUACCACAGAACAGAGAUGUCUUUGUGACAAGUGGAGGAGCUGGAAACCUUCAUCUCUGGAAAUAUGAGUAUCCCGCACAGCGCUCUAAGGAGGAUUCAGAAGGAACAGAAAUGGGAGUAGCGGGUUCAGUUAGCCUUUUACAGAAUGUGACAUUAUCAACCCAGCCAAUUUCGAGUCUUGACUGGAGUCCUGACAAACGUGGUCUUUGUGUCUGCAGCUCAUUUGACCAGACUGUGAGAGUACUCAUAGUCACAAAAUUGAACAAAAUUUGACAGGAUUUCUAACAGUAAAAAACGUUCAUCUGUAUCCUUGAACAAACUUGGAAAUUUGUUGAGAAGACACAAGAUGUGAAAAAGUUUUCUUCAACUGUGGAUUUUACAUUUCUAGAAAAUGCACUUGGUAGUUUAACAUAUUAAGACCUAUUCACUGUUAUAGAUGCUUUUAAAUCCAAGCUACCUUAUGCUUAUAGUAGAAUUAUUGCAGUAUAAUCAAUUUUCUUUAAAUGAAUUACUUCAAUUAUUUGGAAUUCGUAUUUUAAAUACCCUAUGUUUUGGAUUACACUGACUAAAAUUUGAACAGCUGUUUUAAUAGAUUAGAUUUGUUAUUUUGUUAUUGACUACCUGUUUAAACAUUAACUUGUGUUCAGAUCAGUAAAUAUUCUGUCUUUAAAAACAAAUGUCCUUAAAAUGUGUUAUUGAGGUAUUAUAGAUGUUAAUCAGAUUGAUGUCAUUUAAAUAUAUAGAUGUAAUUUACCUGAUAUGUUUAUAUAAUUGUUACAAUACGAGGGUCAAAUAAACAAUUGUAUUUUUUGGAUUAUUUAAGUAUAAUGAUUUUAGAUUGUGUGAAACAGCCAAGAGUAUAGUCACUCUGUCCUCUAGUGGGAGAUUGGGCAUAUUACAGAAAAAUCAAGCAAGAUAAAACAGGGUUUGUGUGACAAGCAUUGAAAGCUGCCUGUAGGAUUUCUAAGGAUUCCCAAGGGUUUAUUAAGAAAUUGUUAUCAUAGUGGCUUGCAUUAUGGCUUUAUGGUUGUAUGAUAUAAUGGUUUGCAUGACAAAUUGAACCACAAAUCAUAGCCUAUAGAUAAAUGGUCAGCACAUUAUGUGAAAUGCAAUUAACUGGGUUAAUUGAGCUAUGAUUAUAUUAAUCAUGGAUAAGCAUUACACACAAUUAGCCAAUCAAAUUUUAAUCUAAUUUACUAGCAAACAAUUUGGUUAUCUUAUGAUUUAAAGUGUCUUUUAAAUCUAACAACAGCAACAAUAAUUUAUUAAAUAAUUUAUUGUGCUGCCCAAGUCAUGGUGAUUCAUUAGAUUGAUUGAAUGCAGCCUCAUUUAUAAUGGGUUCUGCAAUAAAUAGCAGUUCCCCCUUGUACAAAAAGAUUUCAUUUGUCUGCUUCGGUACAAAAUACACAUUUUAAACAAAUUUAGAAGUCAGUUGCUUUGAUCACAUUUCUGGAAGGUGU